UAUCGAUAUCAUCGACAAAGUAGCCUUGUAGUUUAGACACAAGCACAGGAAAAACGCAAAAUUCUCAAAACUGUGAAAUAGAAUACGAUAAAGUACCUAUAAUACUCGGAAAAGAGUCGUGUGAAGCGAUGUUUAGGAUACAAUAUAAAUAUAUCAGCCUUUUUUUCGUCUUCUUCACGUCUUCGAUGAUAAAUGGAAAGAAAAAUUGUCCAAGGGUACCACAUGAUUGUGAAGAAAAAUGCGUCAAAUAUGAAUGGGACAAAGCAAGAAAAUGCUCAACUUGUUCGUGCGAGUUACAGGAUGGAUUAUUUGAGAUGGAUAUCAUGCUUGAUCUAGAAACUGAAAAUAUUGUGAAAGAUCUUUUAAAUAACAAAAGGAAAGCUGGAGGAGCAAAUCAAAGAAAAUGGCUAAUGAACAAAAAUGGUGACAAAUGGGAAAUUCCAUACGUUAUUGAUCAACGCUUGUUACCAGUCGCCACUGAUGCUAUAGCAGAAGCAAUCGCUGAUUUUCAUUCCUAUACAUGUCUUCGGUUUGUACCUCGAAAUCAAGAAGAAAAAUUUAUUCAAUUUUUUGUCAGUAGAGGAUGUUGGUCGUACGUUGGAGUGAGAUCAUCCGGUGUCAAUCUGUUAUCAAUUGGAACAGGAUGCGAACAAAAAGGAGUAGUUAUUCAUGAAUUGAUGCAUGCGAUUGGUUUUUGGCACGAACAAUCAAGACCUGAUCGUGAUAAUCACAUCACCAUAGUAUGGGAAAAUAUAAGAACAGGUAAAGAGAACAAUUUUCAAAAAAUGCUUAACAUUGAGAGCUACGGAUUUCCUUACGACACUUACUCGGUGAUGCAUUAUAAACAAACAGCUUUCAGCAGGAACGGUAAACCAACUAUAGUCAAUACAGAUGGGUCUCCAUUUAUUGAAUUUCAGCAUGAAGGAUUCACCGUUUCAGAUGUUAACCAAAUCAACGCAAUGUACCAAUGUAAUGCAUCGGUUUAUGGGAUGACAACAACUGCUUCAAUCACAACAGAGGAAUCGAUAACAGAUUCGGCUUCUAAAACAACAUUUGUACCACCGACCACAGAGAGCGAAAAUGAACCUGGUUCUACUACUCAAAAAACUAUGCUACGAUCUACCACGGAAGAUGAAGGAGAACCGGAUUUAACAACAAUGACAGAUCUUCACACGACUAUAAAAGAAACAACAGAUUCACAGUUGUUCACUACAGCUCAUCCGACGACUGUACCCGAACAAACCACAGAUUUGUUCACUACUGGAGCUGCAACAACCACAGUACCAUGUAUUGACCUUUGGAAUUUGAAAAAGUGUAAAAAGAUGAAGAACAAGAGUAGAUGCAACAAAGAAAACGUAAUUCCGAACUGCAGAAAAACUUGUGAAAUUUGUGUUUAAAUAAUAAAUAUUAUAUAUAAUUUGGUAAAACAAACAAUGA